AUGACCCCGCACCGCUUCCCCCUGAGCUUCGUCCACUCGGACGCCGGCCGGGCCGAGCUGCUCCCCGCCGGCGCCAGCCUGCUCCUGCUCGACUCCAUCCACGCCCCCGCCAGCUUCAUCCUCCUCCACUUCCUCGCAGCCGCCCUCCGCAAACACCGCCCAGUCAUCCUCCUCAACCUCAGCCAGCCCGCCGGAUACUGGACCAGCCUCCUCCAGAAGCAGGGCAUCCAGCCAGAGUCGGCCCAGUACAAGCACCUGCUCACCACCAUCGACCAGCUCGAACAACUCGAACCAUCCAUCAAGCUCCAACAAUCAUCUCCACUGGUGAUCAUCGAUGACCUCAGCUCGAUCAUCUGGGCGAGCGAGCGGCCAGCAGACCAGCUGAUCGACGCAUUCCAAGCAUUCCUACCCGCCCAGCUCAAGUCUCCAUUCUCGCUCGUCUCCGUCUUCCACCAAGACCUGGUCCACACAAACAAACGAGACCGAGAGAUAUUCAACCAUCUCAUCAACCGAUACCACAUCAUCCUCAGAACGAGAGCAUUGGGUGGACAGGGACGGGGUGAAUUGAUCAUCCAGAGAGGACCGGGAUAUCUCAGCGAUCUCAACCUGCCCAUCACCCUGUCCAGCGAGCAAACCACUCAAUACAAGAUCACCGAUAACUCACUCUCAUUCUAUCCAAAAGGCCUCGAUAAGGCCUUCAUCUAA